AUGGCGCUGUCCCCAUUAAGGCUGUGGUCCCUGCUCCUGGCCUGCUGGACCCUCCCUCCUGGUGAGUGUGUGCUGCUGUCUGCAGGUGCUGGUGGCCAGAGUCACUGGUGUGCAGGACGUUCCUCCAGGGGAGAAGGGGAGGACACCACACAGGCUCCAUCUAUUCCCUGGUGUGAUCCUGGGAGGCUCAGCUGGAGACUCAGAGGACUGGGCUGUCCCCUGCACAGCUCAUUAGCAGCCCCUGCCGCGGAGUCCCUGGUCCUGGUGAGGAGUGGAAAGCGCUGUGAGGGCCUCCUGCAGGUGGAGCACAGUGGGCAGCAGGGCCUGGUGUGUGGGGACGGCUGGGGCCUGGGGGAGGUGUCCGUGAUCUGCAGGCAGCUGGGCUGCGGCCACACCGUCACUACCCCCAAGUACAUGCUGUGGCCCCAGGACACACAGCAGCCCUUGCUGCAGGGCGUGCAGUUCCAGGGUGCAGAGGCUUCGCUCUGGGAGUGCUUCCUGGGGGCAUGGGGGCUGCUGCAGGACUGCAAGUGUGAAUGCAUCAGCGCGGUGCACUGCUCAGGUGGGAUGGCAGCCCCCAGGGGCUUGAGCGGUGGAGGAAGCCCCUGCAUGGGGACCCCUGUGAUACGGAUGACAGGAGGCCCCGAGAUAAGGUGUGGCUUGUACCAGGAGGAGGCCAGCAUCUUCUGCAGAAGGCUGGGGUGUGGCUCAGCGCUCCAGGCACCCAGAUUCCACCUCACAGGGGGUCUGGGAGGUCCGGGGCAGAAAUUGGUGACCUGCCAGGGAACAGAGUCCAGCAUCUUCAACUGCAUCUUCAACCUGAACUUCCUGGACCAGUGUGAUCUCCUGUCAGACACCAAGGUGUGCACAGGACACACGGAGGCCCGGCUGGCCGACGGCGACCACCCCUGCGCCGGGUGCCUGCAGGUGAGGCGGGGCCUGACCUGGGGCACCGUGUGCGACGCCGAUCUGGACCUGGCCACGGCGCACGUGGUGUGCCAGGAGCUGCAGUGCGGGGCGGCCCUGUCUAUGCCCAGCGGCGCCCGCUUCGGCCGCGGCUCCGGCCUGUGGAGCGAGGCCUUCCGCUGUGCGGGCAACGAGUCGCUGCUGUUCCACUGCCCGAGGGAUCGUGGGCACCAGUGCGGGCACAGCCGCGACGCUGAGCUCACGUGCGCAGGGGACAAGUUCCAGCUGGUCAACGACAGCAGCAGCUGUGAGGGCCGCGUGGAGCUCCUGGUGCAGGGGACCUGGGCUCCCCUCUGUGCUGCCCAUUGGGACUUAGCAGAUGCCACCGUACUAUCCCAGCUCAACUGUGGCAAUGUGGUGGCCACACCCCAAGGAGGCCAUUUUGGGGAAGGGGACGCUCCCCUCUGGCCGGAUGUGUUUCAUUGUGUGGGGACAGAGUCCCAUUUGUUGAACUGCCCAGCGAGCACCCUGGGGGCCCCAUCCUGUGCCCUGGGAAACGUGGCUGCCACCGUCUGCUCAGGUCUCCCCCACGCCCUGCGGUUGAGGGACGGACAGAGCCGCUGUGACGGCCGUGUGGAGGUCUCCCUGGCCGGUGUGUGGUGCCGCGUCCUGGACGACGGCUGGGACCUGCGAGACGCCGGGAUGGUGUGCCGGCAGCUCGGGUGCGGACGGGCUGAGCGAGCCUACGACGCGCCUGCCCCCGGCCGCGGAGCCGUCCUGGUGGGUUUGAGCCGCGUGCGCUGUCUGGGCACCGAGACGCAUCUGACCCAGGGCAAUGUGUCCGCAUCCCUGCUGGUGCCCGCGGGGACUUCGUGGGACGCGGGUGUCGUGUGCUCUGCUGAGUGGAACCGCGGGGUGCGGCUGGCCGCGGGGCCUGGCCGCUGUGCGGGGCGUGUGGAGCUGCUCCACGGGGGCGCGUGGGGCACCGUGUGUGACGACGCCUGGGACCUGCUGGACGCGCACGUGGUCUGCAGGCAGCUGGGCUGCGGCCGUGCGCUCAGUGCCGCGGGGGAUGCCCACUUCGGGGCCGGUGCAGGGCGCAUCUGGUUGGACGAGCUGGGCUGCCGGGGCAACGAGCCUGCGCUGUGGCAGUGCCCAUCCGGGGGCUGGGGCCGGCACGACUGCGGGCACAAGGAGGACGCCGGGGUCUUCUGCUCAGAGUUCACGGAUCUGAGGCUGCAGAACCACAGCCUGCCAUGCGCAGGGCCCCUGGAAGUUUUCUACAACGGGACGUGGGGAGGCGUCUGCCAGACUCUGAGUCCUGCCGCCCUGGGGAUCCUGUGUGAGCAGCUGGGCUGUGGGUCCCGGGGGCAGCUGCAGCCCAGGGCAGCGAGCUGGCCUCCCCCUGGGGCUCUCUGGUUGGCCUCCGUUCAGUGCAGGGAGAGGCAUGACAGGUCCCUGUGGCAGUGCCCGUCAGACCCCUGGAACCAGCAGUCCUGCUCCAGUGGGGAGGAAGCCUGGAUCGUGUGUGCAGUGCUGGCAGGCGGGGUCAUUAGACAGGAUCAACAUCCCCACCGGAGGGUGCGUUCGCUGCAGUGGAUGAGCCUUCACGGACACAUCAAAGACACCGAAGUCCAUGGUUCACAUCGGUAUCUACAGCAUUUGAACGAUGAAGUGGUUCAGACCUCUCAGGAGGACAUCCGGGCCACACUGUGGAUGAGACCUGCAACGACGUUCCGGCCUCAGGCCUUGCGCUCGGUCGCGGCUUCCUCGUGUGCAGUUUACCUCGGUAGCCUGUUGAGGGUGAGUCUCUCCCGAAGUGUUCUGCUGGAGGGAGGGCCUUGGUCACGUUUUGGGGACCCCUGCUGGCCCCCGCUUUCGGCAGGCCUCAGUGACACGCUGCUUCUGUCUCUGGAAUCACUGUCUCUGAAUUUCCUCAUUUCCAUUGGAGGACGCUGGACUCUUCGGUGGCUGUUCUCAGCCUUGGCGAUAUAUUGUCGCUCAUCUGGAACUUUCAUCAAUACAGAUGCUGGGUCCACCCCUAACCCUGCCCAUGUCACACUCUGGGACAUGGCCUGUGCCUUCCUGCGUGGCUCCGAUAUGCAGCGGGCUUGCGACCCGGGGCUUUGGGUGGCUCUGGGGCAAAGCUCAGUCAUGCUAGGGUGUGAGCUGACACCUCCAUGUGCCCUUCAUUGUGGUUAG